GACUCGGCCCUUUCCGCCUCGCUCCCGCCCCGCUCUCGGGUCGCUGCGCAGAGACCGGGCCCCGCCGCCACCGCUUCCCCCCCUACCCCUUCAGCCGGCACCGCCGCCAUGAUCAUCUACCGGGACUGCAUCAGCAAUGACGAGAUGUUUUCCGACAUCUACAAGAUCCGGGAGGUGGCGGGCGGGCUGUGCCUCGAAGUCGAGGGGAAGAUGGUGACACGGACAGAGGGGCAGAUCGACGACGCGCUGAUUGGUGGCAACGCCUCGGCUGAGGGCCCCGAUGGGGAGGGCUCAGAGGCCACCGUGGUCACCGGCGUGGACAUCGUCAUGAACCACCACCUGCAGGAGACGAGCUUCACCAAGGAGUCCUACAAGAAGUACAUCAAGGACUACAUGAAGGCAAUCAAAGCCAGACUUGAGGAACACAAGCCAGAAAGAGUAAAGCCUUUUAUGACUGGGGCUGCAGAACAAAUCAAACACAUCCUCGCAAACUUCAAAAACUACCAGUUUUUUGUAGGUGAAAACAUGAAUCCAGAUGGCAUGGUGGCUCUCCUGGACUUCCGUGAGGAUGGCGUGACACCCUAUAUGAUUUUCUUUAAGGAUGGUUUAGAAAUAGAGAAAUGUUAACAAAGCCAAGCAAUAUCAUUUGUGGAUCACCUGUCGUCAUGACUGGCUGCUGGGUUUCUUUUUUAUUUUUUCCUCAUCAACACAACACCAGGACUUGGCAAUGUGUAACAACUGGACUGAUUGUCAUCUUGAGCUUCAUUCACUUUAUUUUGACCCUGAUUGGAGUGGAGGCAUUGUUUUUAAAACAUCUGUCAUGUAGGUUGUCUAAAAUAAAAACUCAUUUAAACCCAUUUUAGGUAAUGCCUCUUAGUCUAAUGUGUUUCUUGAGUGAGCUUUUCAAUAAGCUUGCUGCAAGGUUUGUGCCUAAGGAUCCUGUACUUCGCAGUAGUAUAGUGUUGUCCUAGCACACUUCAGCAUAAGACUGUCUUCAGAUAAACUUCAUGCAAUUUGCUACUUCUGACGCCUGGAAUGCAAGAGCAGGCUCCUCACCUCUGCCAGCCUGAGGUGACUAAGGGAGUUGCCCAAAGAAGUGCCAACAGUGCAGUGGACCUUCUGCAUCUCUUGCCAUUCUACACACUGAAGUAAUCAACUCUCUGGAGGAGAUACCAAAAACUAAUAAAAAUGAAACCGAAUAUCAGCAACAUAA